GUUUCCGUUUCAAUGGUUCAAUGGCCAUUACUGCUGCUGUGACUAGGAUUACCCCUGCUGUGACUGCUAGUACUAGGGAGGGUAUAUGGCAGCGGACGACGUGAUUGACCUAAAUACGUUCAUCCUAGAAAAGCUCCCGCCAACUAUUUAUUACAUCCCAGAAUUCAUCACAGAAGAAGAAGAAAAAGCACUAUGGAAAUCUGUGUAUGAUGCUCCAAAACCAAAAUGGACUCGGUUGUUAAAUAGAAGAUUGCAAAAUUGGGGAGGAUUACCCCAUCCAAAAGGGAUGAUAGCAGAGAAGAUGCCACAGUGGCUGGGAACCUAUUGUGAUAAGAUAGCUUUAUUAGGAGUAUUUCAAGAUAAAACUCCGAAUCAUGUUUUGGUGAAUGAAUAUCUACCAGGUCAAGGGAUAAUGCCUCAUACAGAUGGUCCAUUGUAUUACCCAGUUGUCUCCAACAUUACUCUGGGUAGUCACUCUGUGUUGGAUUUUUAUCACAGCAUCAGCAGUGAUGCUGAUAACAUUAGUUCAACAGGGGACACAAUGGCUGAGGGCCACCAAGUGGAAAAGAAAGAAGAUGGCAACAGGGAAAUUUCUCUGGAGGAAAGAUAUAUUGGAUCUGUGUUAUUGGAACCUAGGAGCUUGGUUCUCACAAUGAAUGACAUGUAUGAAAAUUACCUGCAUGGGAUAGCAGAUGUAAAAAAGGACCAAAUUAAUGAAAAAAUGGCAAACUUACAUCUCACUAGUGCUGUUCAGGGAGAAGAGAAGGAUAGGAAUACAAGGAUUUCAUUGACUAUUAGAUUUGUUCCCAAGGUGCUUAAAACCAAAAUCAAACUUGGAAGAUGAUGCACAGUGGCUCAAUAUGGAUGUAUAAAAGAGCUUUUAAAAACUUAUAACCGUACAUGACUGUCCUGUAAAUUAUCAUGCUUUUUCAUAGGGGGUUGUUUGUAAUGGUAUUUGCAAGCAUUAUGUAGAUUUCUAAAAUCCUUAAAUUCCUAGAAACAAUUACCUUGUAUAGUGCAUUCCAUUUUCAUACAUCUUAAUGUGCUUGACAGCACACUGACUAGACAGCACACUUGAGAGGUGACGGGUCAGAAUACCUACCACAGCCCUCAUUUCCCUGAUGAAGUCUGACAGUCAGCAGACGAAAUAAUGGCUGAUAAAUAUCAGUGAAUUUUCUAUAGCUGUUGACAAAAGAAACUCAAUUGGUCUAUUUCAAACAUGUAGCUAAUGAAAACUGUUCAGAACUUAACAAUUAUCUAUGUCCAGGGCUAGACACUAACUUUUAUGAGCACCUGUCCUUCGGACACAAAACCAAUAUUUUUUUCUAUUCAUACCUUUGAACUUUGUCAAUAAAUAUGUGAAGUCAUACAUUUAAAUUAAUAUAUAUAUUACCAAAACAUUCAAUCAUAUGAGCCCCGAAAAUGCACCUUAAAGUGAAUUUAUGUUCAGAUAAAAAGUUGUUUUUUCAUACUUGUGAACUCCUGAAGAUUUAG